AUGUCCAACAUUAAACAGAUCCAUUCACUUCUUCUACUCUUCACUUUCUUCCUUGUUGCACACGUAAUACAAGGAUCUAGAACUCAAGUAUCGAUUCCCUUCCAACAUGGGGCCUCUCAUUUUCCUCCAUCAAAUUUGCAGGUAAAAGAAGCAGAAAUGAAGAGGAGAAUUAUGAUUGGAUCCACAUGGCCUACCUGCACUUAUAAUGAAUGUAGAGGAUGCAAACACAGAUGUUCAGCCGAGCAAGUUCCAGUUGAAGGGAAUGACCCCAUCAACAGUGCAUAUCACUACAAAUGUGUUUGUCAUAGAUCAUAA